AAACAUGGCGCAACCAAAAGAAGUGAAUUUGCAGGCUUUUUUCGCCGAAUUAAACAAAUAUGGGCAAAAUCAAGAGUAUGAUCGGGCUCUUAAAGUAGCAAACAAAAUUCUCCAAGAAGUUCAUGAUGAUGAGGAGGCCUUCCAUUGUAAGAUUGUCUGUCUCAUUCACCUAAAUAGAUUUGAAGAUGUCCUCACACAGAUCAGGAAAAAUCCUAAAAUCAGUGGAGUCUUGAUGUUCGAGAAAGCUUACUGUGAAUACCGUCUGAACCGAACCAGAGAUGCACUGGUAACUUUGAGAUUUUCUCAGAGCGAAGAUCUUAGGUUGAAGGAACUGAUGGCACAAGUGCUCUACCGUCUUGAAGAAUAUGAUGAAUGUUACGAAGUCUACAAGGACCUUGUCAAACACUCUAUGGAUGACUUUGAAUACGAAAGAGAGACUAACAUGUCUGCUGUAAUGGCAGCACUUCAGCAAUGGACAGAUAAUGACAUGGGUGAUGAGACAGGUCUGCGCGAGGAAACGUUUGAGUUGUGCUACAACAAUGCCUGUUUCCUUAUUGGGAGGGGCCUUUACAAACAGGCUGAAGCAAAGCUUAGAGAAGCGGAGGAUCUCUGCCGAAAAACCCUUGAGGAAGACCAAGAUGUCACCGAAGAGGAGAUUGAGAGUGAGCUGGGCAUUAUCCAUGUUCAGUUGGGUUAUGCCAUUCAGUGCCAGAACAGGAUGGAAGAGGCCCUCAAGUUGUACAAUCAAGUGGUGAAAUCAAAACCUUCCGACUCUGGACUUGCAGCUGUAGCUUCUAAUAACAUUGUUUCUAUCAACAAGGAUCAAAACGUUUUCGACUCGAAGAAGAAGAUUAAAGUUGCCACCGCUGAUAACCUUGGGCAGAAACUCACCAGGGAACAGAAGAAAGUCAUCGAGUUGAACCAGUGUUUGCUGUUCAUGUAUAUGAACCAGGGAGACCAGUGCAAGAGAACUGCGAAAAACCUUGAGGCCAAGUAUCCAGACCUGGACAAUCCUAUCCUCAUCCAAGCAGGACAACUCUGCCGAGAGAAACAGACCAACAAGGCAGCAGAAUUACUCCAGAAAAAGGUGGACGACAGCCCGGAAUGUUCGAUCCAAAUCAAGCUGACCCUGGCACAGCUUUACCUGCAGCAGCAGCAUUGGUACAAGGCUUGCAACGUGUUGAAGACAAUGGGGGACUUGAGCUACAAGCCUGGUGUCGUGUCGGCGCUGGUGACGUUGUACCUGAACGGAGAGGAUGAGGAGGCCGCAUCGCAGGUUCUCAUAUCUGCUGUCAACUGGUACAAGGAAAACGAUCCUGACUCUGAUGAGUUGAUUGCUCUGAUGAGGGCAAAUGCCAACUUCCAGCUGAAGCAUGGAAGUCCCAAAGAGGCAACGACGAUGCUUGAAGAACUCAGAAGGAGGGAUCCAAAGGACAUGAAGACCUUAGCCCAACUCAUCUCCGCCUAUUCAAAGUUUGAUGCCAAGAAAGCGCAAUUGAUAAGUAAAGACCUGCCGUCAUUGACCGAGAUGGCUACUGAUGUUGAUGUAGCAGCUUUGGAGUCGACGGUAUCCAACUUGACUCAGAAAUAUGUAAAGAAGUCGACCAAGAUCGAGUCUCCUAGACCUGGUUCCCAUGGCGAUGAACUGAUUCAGAAGAAGAAUCGGAAGAAAAAGAAGGGUAAACUUCCCAAGAACUUGGACGGCGAGACUGACCCCGAGAGGUGGCUCCCUAAGCGUGAACGAUCGUACUACCGUGGCAAGAGGAAAGAUAAGAGGAAGGACAUUGGCAAGGGACCCCAGGGUGCUGCCAGUGGUGGUGCCGAUGCUUACGAUGCAAGUAAACCAGCUGCGCCCUCCCCAUCUGCCAGCGGUAGUGACGUAGGUUCCCCAAGGCCUGGUCAAGCUCAGGCAGGAUCAAGCAGUGCACCCGCCCCUCAAGGGCCACGCCAACAAAAACCCGCUGCUGCUUCGAGCAAGAAGAAAAAGAAGGGGAAGUCGAAAUGGUAGAACUUAAUCGAUUUACGCAGACACGCUUUGGCUAUAAGGAUUCUUCUUAAACUUAUGACUACAUUCACAUGUACCAUGAUAUAAAAUAAAUGAAUGAACAUAAAUCUGAUUACUGCUGUGUUUGUAACAUGUACAAUGGAUACGCUUUAGUGAGGUCAGUUGAGAUCCAGACAUUAACAUCGCGACUUUUGUCGUCAAAAUGAUACUUUGUUCUCAUGUCAAAAUCUGAACCUGUCCGGGAGUUCAUCACAGUCUCUGAGUUGUUUUUAUCAAAAAAACCCUUAAGUACUUUCAUAUAUACAUGUUGUGACUUAUCAGUUUGAACUCUUCAGUUAUGCUGAAUGUAUAGCCCAUCAUGUCCAUGCUAAGUGCAUGUAUGCGUACAUGCACUCAUAUAUAUGUAAAGCAAAUAACAUGAAAUGACAUUGA